AAAGCAAAUAUCUUCCUCUGUCUCUUGAUGGAAGAACAAUUUGUAGAGAAGAAAAGUAUGAGAUUGAAUGAACUACCAACCGACUUAUUAGUUGACGUGCUAUCGAGACUCCCUGAGAAGUCUCUUUGCAGGUUCACCUGUGUUUCCAAAGAAUGGCAAAGCUUGAUAUCUUCUCCUCAUCCUGGCUUUGUCAAAGCUUUGCGCCGCCAACGACUUCAUCGAAAAUCUUAUCUAUAUAUUUGGAAUAUUAGUCUUUUCGACGGAAACGUUGAAUCGGAUGUGGAAGAUUGCUCUCUUCGCAUAUCCAUCGUGGACACAGUUAACGAAAGGAUUCAGGAAAAUUAUUGUCUUCCUAUUAAUAAUAUGAAUCCUUUUAUUUAUACCGUAAUCUCGUGUCAUGAUCUUUUAUGUUUGGCUCAGACAAAAAUUUCUAUUUGUAAUCUGAGUACCCAAGAGAAAGCAAUUCUUCCUGAUCCUGAUCAUCUUGGUCAUGUAGGUAUAGGUUUUGGGUACUCAUCUGUUUCAAAAGAAUUCAAAAUUGUUCGGUGGUUUAUGCAGAAGAAGGAUGGGAGAAUGAGUAUGGGGUGCGAAAUUUUCAGUCUAACCAAUCGUCUCAGAUUCAAAUCAGAUUCGUGGAAAUUGACUGAAACACGUCCUUUUGAAUUCCUUAGCAAGCCUUCUGUGUUUGUUAAUGGAGUGAUUUUUUGGCAGAUACUUAACCCAACGUUUAAGAAUUUUUUUGAAAGCAAUUCUAUUCUUGCCUUUGAUUUGGAUGAGGAAGAACCCCAAAUCAUUUCAUGCCCAAAGCUUAGUCCUGAUACCGUUGCCCACUUGGUAGAGUUAAAGGAGUGUUUAUAUUUGGCACACUGUUCCAAGGGAAAAGCAAUCGUGAAAAUUUGGAGGCUGGAAGACCAAAAAAAUAGUUUGUGGGUUUCAGAAUAUUACAUCAAUUUUUCAUCUAUAUGCAACACCAUUGUGCCACUAACAAGUGUAUUGGCUGGUCAUGUUGAAGAGCUGGUUUUUAUUUCAGUGAAAGGCAAAGGUCUCCUUUAUUAUAAUGUAGAAUCCGGUAAAAUGAGGAAACCCGAGAACUUAGAGAAUUUUACACUGCGAUGGUAUGAAUUUCCUUGUGUUUUGAGGAAUAUGGAGUUCUAAACAAUGAUAUUUUUCUCAGAAAUCGGUAAUUUUAU